AUGUCACGCUACGGUGAUUGUAAAGUUUAUGUGGGUGAUCUUGGUAAUAAUGCAAGCAAACCUGAACUUGAAGAUGCGUUUUCUUACUAUGGUCCCCUAAGGAAUGUGUGGGUUGCUAGAAAUCCGCCCGGAUUUGCUUUCGUUGAAUUUGAGGAUCCUCGUGACGCUGAAGAUGCAAUACGAGGCUUAGAUGGGCGAACAAUAUGUGGUCGUCGAGCUCGGGUAGAAAUGUCGAAUGGAGGCCGUGGUUAUGGCGGACGUGGACCACCACCCCGUUCUCGACUUCCUCCUCGUCCUUACGAUGACCGUUGUUAUGAUUGUGGUGAUCGAGGGCACUACGCUAGGGAUUGCACGCGCCGUCGUCGUCGUAGGUUAUCAUUGGCCUGUGCGCCGAGAACGAACUCUUCAGUGUCUGCACUUCUUAUACCGCUCGAGGUCUCGCCGUCGCACGCGCUCUCGUUCACCGAGAUCUGGAUCCCGGUCAAGAAGCCGUUCCCGCUCUCGUUCCCGUUCCAAAGGACGGUCUAUGUCACGCUCAAGAUCGCGUUCUCCAUC